AUGUCGUAUGUUAGCAAUUCCAAGAACAACUUUUUUAAUUUUUCCGUUCACAAUACUAACUAUAGUGAGCUUAUAGAUCGUCCUCGCGCAGAACUUACUGAGAGUGAGCUUCAAGAACUAGAAGAUUUUGAAUUCAAUCAUGGACCAUUAUCGCUCAUACAAAACUCUAUUAAAAGCGGCAGCCCCGUCAUGAUACAUUGCAGAAAUAACCACAAGCUACUUGCAAAGGUGAAAGCAUUCGACAGACACUGCAACCUCAUUCUCGAGGACGUGAAGGAGCUUUGGACGGAGACGACGAAAAACAGCAAAGGCAAGGUCAUCAAGACAACAUCGAAGGAGAGAUAUAUUGUGAAGAUGUUCCUUAGAGGAGAUUCUAUUAUUAUUAUUUUGAGAGUUUAA